AUGCUAUUAGCACCGCGUAUCGAUCCGAUGAAACUGUUGGUGUGUCUGAGCGUGCUGCUCGCACCAAAUGGUGGCAUACGUAAUGCGGGAGAAGUGAGACGGCUAGCAAAUUUGAUGGCCAAGUUUUCGAAAAAAUUAGUCUCCAAAGCCAUUUACAUACAGAUACUAAAGUGCACAGAAACCGAGCUGCUGGGUCAAUUCAUGCAAACUGGGGGCUGGACUCUGGUACACACGUGGCUGGUCGAUGGCAUUGCGUCUAAAAAUUGGCCACUAAUUCAGGAACUGUUGGAGUUACUUCUCUGCUGUCCGGUGGAUGUGGAGAGAUUGAAAAUAAAUAGUACUCCCAGGCUGGUCAAAUCGUUGUCGACGGACAGUGCGCACGAAAGUGUGAAAGUUCUUGCAACGAAGCUGGUCGAACAGUGGUUGUAUAUUGUGAAAGCCCCGAAACAAUUGUCGCCUAUGGUUCCAAUAAAUCAGUCAGAAUUGCCAGCCGUCACUGGCUUGGCGGGGUUAACUGACGGAAAACAAUUGAAUUCCGAAGGAAUGAACAGUGCUCUAGCGAUCGGUGGGGUGUUAGGAAAACAGGGUGGAGAUUCCGGAAGCGGAACGACGAGUAACCACUACCAGCAAAAUGGUUACAUAGUGCAUAACGCCAACAAUAAUGAGGUGGUGCCAAAUGUACAGCAAUCUGACGUUGGCAGGGAUGAUGUAGAUGGUGGUAAAAAAACAUUCCAAACGGCUGGGGGAGAACCGGCGUUACCGGUUGUUUCGUCUAAGAAAACCUCUCUGGUAUUGAAGAUUACGACAAAGAAUGGCAAGCAGGUUGUGGCGAAGGUGAUAAAACCGAACAGAAAGCAGCAACGUGCUUCUGCGCUGCUGGGUGCAAACGACGCAGCAACCGAUGAAAAUGACGAUCGGGAUGAGGAUGACGAGGAAGAUGACCAAGAAGAGGUGGUGGUUAACAUCGAAUCGGGCAAAUCUACCGACGAACCGGUAGCCACAAACGAGAAGGACGAUCAGCAGGUGACGGAUGUGAAAAAAUUAGACAUGCAAAAUGGUGUAGAAAGUAGCAAAGAAAGAAAUACUUCAUCGUCGAAAGACAAGGAUCGACAUCAUCAUUCGCACCGUGAUCGGGAGAAGGAUCGCAAGGGUAGUAGUAGUAGCGUUAGUCGAUCUUCCUCUUCGAAAUCGUCCAGCAGCAGUAGCAGCAGCAGCAAACACAAAUCUUCAAACAGUAGUAGUAGCAAAAGCAGUAGUUCCAGCUCUAGUCGCAGUAAGGAUAAAGACCGCCACAGCAGUAGUAGCAAACACAAAAGCUCCUCGUCGUCUUCAUCGUCUAAGUCAAAUAGCAGCGGCUCGAAGAGUAGCAGCAGCAGUAGCGAUAAACAUCGAGAUCACAAAGACAAAUCAAGCCAUUCCACUAGUAGUAGUAAUAGCGGCACUCGGGAUACCAAGAACCAGUCACAGUCAUUUUCGUCACCUAAGCUUUCACGCAAAAAUUCGCGUGACGAUGGUGCUGGAGGUGUCUCGAACGACAGUGGUUCGGAAUCGAGUAGCACUACUAAUACUAGCGCGAAUGGUGCAAGGACGAGUAAGUCCGCUUCGGCCUCAGCCCUUCCCAACAAGAAACCGUCGAUUUCAAUCGAGGUUCGCAAUCCAGAAAAUCGCCCCAAGACGGUUAAAACGUACAAUUCGCAGUUUCGUUCACACGGUCUCAUUGAAGAGGCUCCUCCGCCACCAUCGCGGAAAGGCUUGAAGAAACCAUCGUCAACUACCCCUUCAACAGCAUCAUCGAACACCACCUCCUCCCCCACUACGAUCGGAUCGACCGCCAUUGGUACGGUAAAGCGCAGCUCACCCAUAUCGUCGGGUCGGGAAGCAACGUUGGCGGGAUCGCCGGUUGAGAAGAAGCCGAGGGAAGACCCACUGGAGCGGCCCGGUUCCAUCAAGCUCAUACCACCGAAGCGUCAACAUGCCUUGGUAGAAUCGGAUAUGUUCAUGGACGCACUGUCGGCCACGCUGCGCAAGGACGUGAAGAAGCGUAAAAGGCGCACGAGUGGUUCGGAGGGUGCUGCUGCUGCUGCUUCUACCACCGUUGCGAACAGCAAGACAGGCGAAACAACGACCACCAAUAAACCGACGAGUGCGGACACCGGUACGCCCAAGGUGACUGCACCGGGCAGUCCCACACCGACGACAGCAACAGCGGACGAUUCUGCCUCGGAAGCGACCACUCCAACGACACCUACCUCACCGAAAGUCCCAACUAUUGCACCGAUGUCCUUCUACCGGGACACACUAGCGGAACAGGAAGAGGAAAAUGGUACCGAGUCAACCGAGGAUGGCGCGAAGAAGGAACAAGCUGAAGCGGAAAGUAAUGGAGAAGAUGGUAAAAAAAUAAAUGCAGAUGAUGAAACGGAAGCGGAUGAUGAAGGGCCAAUAUUGAAGAAGCCCAAACGAGUCAAAUGUGAACUGAACGAGGAUGAUGAUGAGGAAAAGGAUUCAGAAAACAGUGGGGAGAAGUCGGUGAAAAAGGAACCGGCCGAAGGUGGCGAAGGCAAUGAUGAGGAAAAGACUGAAUUGAUGGACGAAGUUAUGAACGAUGUGGAGAAAAAGAUCGCGGAAGAAGCGGAAGGUGUGGUAAAGAAGGAAGAUUCGGAUAAGGAGGAAGAUUCCCCGAUCGAUGGUAAGAAACCACCCGGUCCGGGCUGUGGACCGGAUGGACCACCCGGUGUGCUCGUGAUCCAUCGUCGCAAGGGUCCUAAAAAGCAGCUGCGCUGGAGAACGGCCGACGAGCUGGAAGAGGUGCGUUACUUCGAGCUAGACGUAACGGAGCGCUGCAAUGUGACGAAGUCGUUCACGGACAUGAAGCAGAUGGAACGGGUGGACGAACGGCAAAAGUUUAUGCUGUCACGGAAAGUUGGUUCCGAGGACAUCAUGGUGGAACGGACAACGUGGCGCUCGUUAGUGCAGGUGGACAAUGUACCACCGUCACCCGAUGGCAACCAAAGUUUGGAGCGUAAUGUGCAAAGGCAGCGUGAGCGCGGUUGUCUGCAGGCCCUUUACUUCAACAAGCACAUGAUUCCCGAUUCGCCGAUCGAACCGGAUCCGGCCGACAUAUACCAGACCGCUGAUCCGGUACACAUUCCACUGGAGGACGUUACCGGCAAUCCGGAUUCGGUGAACGAUUUUACCAGCGUACCGUGGCCGGAUCCCAAAUCGACACCGCCGCACGAAUCGGGCGCGUUUAACUCACCGUUCUUUCCCUCCGAUUUACCGCCAGGGGCUGGAUUUGGUCCGGGCGGGUUCCCUCCACCGUUUGCACCCGGUGCCGCGGCUACGAUUGGGCCCGGCCCUUGGAAUAUGGGAGGACCACCGGGUGGAGCGGGUGGACCACGGCCAGGCGUUCUUCCGCCGGGUAUGUUUCCGCUCAAUCAACCACCACCCGGUAUGGGACCAACGGGGGGUGGCGGUGGUCCGGGUGGUAGUCCAAACAUGAUGAACAUGCCACUAAACAUGUCACCGAAUGUGCCUCCGCCGGGAAUGUUCCCGGGCGCGACGAAUUUUAACGCACCACCGCCCGAGUUGGGACUGAUGCAGGGUGGUGGCCCGGAUAUGGGUGGUCGAAGGGGACCGCCCGGACCGGGAGGGGUCGAUUUCCGCAACGGUCCUCCGCCACCACAGCAGUGGGUCACAGGCAAUCGACCAUUUGUCGGUGGCAAUAAUCCACCGCGUGGUGGUGCCGGCUUUGGAAACCGUGGAGGACCAGCAAUCGGCGGCAACUGGAACAAUCGCAAUAAUGGUAACAAUGGAAAUCGAAACGGUGGUGGAGGAGGAGAUCGUGGUCGGAUGGGUGACGAUGGUCGUGGAAACUAUCGUGGCCAUUGGUUGCAGAACAACCGAGGUCACAAUCGGGGCGGUGGUGGACGAAAGUGGUAG